GAGGGAGAGGAGAAGAGAGAGAAGAGACAGAGAGAUCCCAUCUUGCUUAUAUCAGUUUGUGUUGUUUAGGGCUGGAAGCCAUAAUUAAAAGAGCUUGCCUGUUCUCUGAAGUUUUCUUCUCUUAAAUGAAUUCGUCAUCAUAUCACUAAUACUUCUCAUCAGCUUUAACUGUUUACUUUCUUCUGGGUUUCUCACAACUAAGGAGAAGAAGAAACACGAGCUGAGAUAUUAUAGAUGCUGUUGGAGAAGAUGGACGACGGAGAAAUUUCAAAUAUCGGCUUUCCUCAGAACCACCCACCAACCGCUGCAUCAUCUAACAAUACCGAUCCUCCUCCGGUUCUCAAGAGAAAGAGAAACCUCCCAGGGAACCCUGAUCCUGAAGCGGAAGUGAUAGCCCUAUCUCCCAAGACUCUUAUGGCGACCAACAGAUUUCUGUGUGAAAUCUGUGGAAAAGGCUUCCAGAGGGAUCAAAAUCUGCAACUUCAUCGACGUGGGCAUAAUCUUCCGUGGAAGCUGAAACAGAGGACAAGCAAAGAAGUGAAAAAGCGAGUGUAUGUGUGCCCAGAAAAAAGCUGCGUGCACAACCACCCAUCGAGGGCUCUGGGAGAUUUGACUGGCAUCAAAAAGCACUUCUGCAGAAAGCACGGUGAGAAGAAGUGGAAGUGCGAGAAGUGCUCAAAGCGUUAUGCUGUUCAGUCUGAUUGGAAAGCCCACUCCAAAACCUGUGGUACUAGGGAAUACAAAUGUGACUGUGGCACCAUCUUUUCACGGAGGGAUAGCUUCAUCACACAUAGGGCCUUCUGUGAUGCCCUAGCAGAAGAAACAGCAAGAGUGAACGCCGCAUCCAACAUGAACAACAACAUAAGUUACAAUAAUAUAAUUGGAGCUGCUUUACUAGGACCAAACAACAACAAUAUGUCAACCCAUUUUCCUUCAAUCUUGAAGCCAAUCUCAAACACCAAUACCGAGGAAGCAAAUAAUCAAACACCUAUUAGAGGGCUAUCCCUAUGGAUGGGUCAUCAUCAUCAACCUCACCAAUCUGAUCAUCAUCAAACAAUAAUGCCUAGUAAUGGCAAUAUCGGUAACCCUCAUGAUCAGAAUAUGCAUCAUCAACUUGGGAACCACCAGCUUGUUUCUUCACACCCGCAGCAGUUAAAUUGGGUGUUUGGAAACAAGCUUAUUUCAAGUUCUUCAUCAUGCCAAGAGCUAGCAAGCACCUCAAUUGGAAUGAUUAGUGUUCCUUCCUUGUACAGCUCCCAAAAUCAUCAAACAUACCAAACAACCUCGGCAAACAUGUCGGCUACAGCGCUGUUGCAAAAAGCUGCUCAGAUAGGAGCAACCUCGACCACCUGUGACCCCACAUUUCUGGGGAGCUUAGGGUUAAAAUGUAGUACUAGUCAAGGUGUUCAAGAAGAUGAUCAAGGGAGCAACAAGUAUUAUGGCAUGUACGGUUCGGGUUCGGGUUCAGGUUCGGUUCUCACUAAUGUUGGUGGUGGAGGAAGUGAUCAGACGACAGAGAACAACCAGGCAAGUGAAAUGUCACAAAUGCACCCGGCAAAACGCCCAAGGCAGGUAUUACAGAAUGAAGAAGGAGGGCAAACUAGGGAUUUCCUUGGUGUUGGUGGUGUGCAAACCAUUUGCCACCCUUCAUCAAUCAAUGGAUGGGUCUGAUUUGUUUCGUUAGGUUUAAUAUUUAAGACUAAUAUCAGACACAGUGCCACACUUCAAAUUACAUUCGAAAACUACAUUUUUUCCGUUCUGUCACAUAGUGUUCCCUGAAAAUUUCCUUGGUUAUAUAGUGUACAAUCAGCUAAUGCAUGGAAUAAUAAAACUUCUGCAAAAGUGGGUAAAUUAAUUAGUUGAUUUCACUACCUAAAACAUCCACUUUAAAGAGUUUUAAUGGUCCACCGUACAGUGAGGUUGUACAUUGUAUACAUGAAAGAAAUUACAGCAGUAGUAGUUCCAUUUU